GCAAAUCCCCCAUUCCCCACAUCCGCCGUUCCUCCACGCGCCGCGACCUCCCGUCCCGGAACCUUCUCGAUGCUUCUCUCCCGGAGGUUCUCCUCCGCCCUCGCCCGCUCCCCCUUCCUCGCGAGGUGCCCCCUUCCACCACGGCCUCCUCCGACCUCCCGCACCCUGCCACGCCGCCUCAUGUCCUCCUCGUCGUCCGGGUGGCACCACUCUUCCCAUCCCCCGCCGCCGCCCCCUCCGCCGCCGCGGUCCUUCUCCGACAAGGACCAGCUGUUCCGGGGGCUGGAGGCGGCGCUGGGCACGACGUUCACCGCCGACCCUCUGGCGCCUCCCCCGGACCCGAUGAUCCUCGUCAUCAGUGGCCCCAGCGGCGUCGGCAAGGAUGCCGUCAUCAAGAGGCUGCAAGAGGAGAGGGAGGAGAUCCACUUUGUCGUCACCGCGACGAGCAGGGCGAUUCGGCCGGGUGAGGUUGACGGGAAGGACUAUCACUUCGUCACCAAAGAGGAAUUCCUCACCAUGAUUGAGAGGCAGGAGUUGCUUGAGUAUGCGCUCGUUUACGGGGAGUACAAGGGGAUCCCCAAGCAGCAGAUCCGUGAUUACAUGGCCAAAGGACAUGACAUUGUCUUGAGAGUGGACAUUCAAGGAGCAGCAACUUUGAAACACAUACUCGGCGAGUCUGCGAUUUUCAUCUUUCUAGUUGCAGAGAGCGAAGAGGCGCUUGUCAAAAGGCUAAUUCACCGUAAAACAGAAACACCAGAUAUGCUUCUUGUUAGAAUUGCAACAGCCAGAGAAGAGGUGAGGCGGAUGAAACAUUUUGACUACGUAGUUGUCAAUGCUGAAGGCAAGCUUGAGGAUGCUGUUAAACAGGUGGAGUCUAUCAUUGAUGCUGAGAAGGCAAAAGUUCACAGGCGUAGUGUCAAAAUCUAGUUAAGCCUCCUGUUUAAAUAAAUUCAAGUUUGAUCUAGUGCGGAAGAAAUUAGGACUGACAUUGGUAUGUAAGUUUGCGACAGUUAGCCAGAAAGUUCAGUGGAAUGCUAAUUCAUGAGAAUUUUACAUAGUGAGGUAUCCCAGAGACAUCAUAGUUUUCUGUCUCACACUGUCAUACCAUACAACAGCAAUGUGCUUGAUCCUUGUAAGUUGAAAGAACUCUGUAAAACUGAACCAAACUUUUAUUUGACACAAGUGCAACAAGAGCUGUCAAUUGUGUGCAA